AUGAAUCCCUGGAGAGAAGGACAAGAAAGCCCAACAGUUUCUUCGAUUUUUGGAAGAGAUCAGCCUCCACACCAAGGUACUAGCAGACAACAGGUACCCCACGGCCCACACCCUCCUCCUACGGGCAAACCAAGUUGGCGAGUCCUCGCACAGAGGUAUCAACAACAGUGGGGUCUUGAAGCAAACAUUUCGGGAUUUAUUCCACCUGGUCCAGUUUGGCCGAACGGACCACCACCUGAUCUUCAACCUCCUCCUCCACGUUACUCAAUGCCGCAAGUCCCUUGUUUUACAGAUCUGCCUCCGCAUUUUGUGCCACAAACCGUACCUCAGUUUGCGCAGAAUCAACCUCAUUUUGCUCAAAAUGCCCCACCCCCUCCGUUCGCGACUCCACAGUUCCCUCAGAAUCAGGAGCCUCCUUUUCAACCGCAGAUGCAUCAUCAGCCGCCUCCUUUCCACUUUGCGCAGGCAGCCAACCCUCAGAUGAGUCAGCAAGCACCAUCUCAGUUCCAUUUCUCUCAAAACGGGUCAAACUUUGCCGCUCCCCCACAUAUGCAUCACCAGCCUCCACCACAACCAGAAUUUGGACAGUAUCAACAUCAACCGCAAGCUGGUCAACAACAGCGAUUGACGCCUACGGCAAGACCCACUUCUAGAGCACCAACGGUAGAGAUGGUGACGGACUCCAGAGCUCCCAAGAUUCAAGAGAAUCUUUGUUAUUAUGGUGAUGCGAAAGGUUUGCAAAGAUUUUUGGUGGAAAUUCAUGACGAAUUAGAUCAAAUUGUAUGGAAGGAUGACAAAUCGAAGAUCAAUUGGAUUGCUAGGCAUUUUAAUUCAACUUCAUCAAAUUCUUCAAGUACUCAGAUCUGGUUCAUGGGUUUACUACAGAGGAAUGCUUUUUGUCAAGGUUACUUGAAUCCAUACGGCAAUUUGAAGGCUUUGAGUUACGACAUUCCCAAAUUACUGAAUCUGGACAACUUUUCAGACGAGCUGAUCUACAAGUUUGGAGACAAACAUGCAGACAAAACUUUCCUUCACCCAAGUAUUCAGAUGGAAGCAGCAAGAGUGGCAGGUUGGGUUAACAAAACUGAUUUGACACGCAAGCAGGCGAUGGCAGUGGAAGCGGCUGACAUCCUGGAUCUGAGAUCAAAGGUAGCUCACAUGCAUCCGCAUUUGAAGGUUCCUGGUGAAGUGUAUCGGCACCCCAAUCAUCACCCCUUGUCAAAACCGAUUCAUCAUCAACUUCAACACCAAGCUUUGAAUAGUUGCAACAACAAUGGACCGAUCCCUAUGGACAUUGUCGUCAACAAAUUAUCUCUUCAGCAAGACGGUUCCAAUCCUUUUCCCGCUAUUCGUCGUAUUUGCAACUCCCAACGUCUAUGUUACGACUGUUUGAAGGUUUACGACGACAAACACAAGAGGUUGAGAGGCGUGCAUGGUAGGAGAUCUUGUCCUAACCCACCAGCACGAAUGGAAGAUAAGUUGAAACUUUUACGAUCAUCUGUCAACUUGUCUUUGAAUUCCGCUCCAGGUCAACCUACCCAGAUUUCAGCAAUGGAUUUAGAAGAUGCAGAAUAUGCCGCCUACACCUCCUUGCCGACAGCAACUAUUGAUUAA